UGUACUGUAGCAGCCGUAUUCACUCUUUAGUCUUUAAACUAAUAUUGUUAUUAUUAUUCAUGUCGGAAUAAACUCACACCAUGAGUUUCUUGUACCUGAGGGGUGUCGUGUUCUUCACCUUGAUACCUGUAAUGCUCAACAUGCGAGUUAUGGAUGAUGGACUUUCACUCAAUUGUACACAAGAGGAAGUACAGUGUAGACCUGAGAUCAAUAACUGCAUGUAUGAUGGAUGGCUCAAGCCUUCAGAUUUCACUCCCAGUGGUCCUGAUGAUUUAAAAGUGGGUGUUAAUGUAAGGACUAAUAUGAAAGGUGAACUGGAGCCAGUGAUUGUGGCAGAAUGGAAAGCAAAGGAUGAUGGGAGCAUAAGAUUUUUAACAGGAACGGAGUUCAAUGUUUUGAGGUUGUCUACCAAUGAGCACCUGUGUGUCCAUUACAAUUUUCUUCAUACUUUUAAGUCCAUGAGAAAUUCUUAUGAUGAAAAGUGGUCUUUCUCUGUGGAUAAAGUUGUGGUAGAUCCAGGCAGUACAUACCUUGUGACUGUCUCCAAUCUUCCCAAGCCAAAUAUACAACACACCAGUUACAACAUAAACAAAACGGUUGUUGUUCCAGGUUGCGAUGAUCCUUUGAUGCGCCAGACUAAAAUCUGUUUUGAGAGAGGGGAUACUUGGCAACCCAACAUUACCAUGGUGAAAACAAAUGGUUCAGAUGGCAAGCCUGUUCUGUUUGUUACAUUUAAUCCUGGAGAGAAUGCAGAAAAAUACAACAUUUUUGUAAAGUGCAGCCGUGACAGCCAGAUGAAGACUCUUUAUAAUGAGAGGAAGACUUUACUGAAUGUGACAUAUGACCUGGAUAACUGGCCAAAAACGUGCUGUGAUUUUAAUGUUCAGAUCCAGCCGUUUUUCAGAAAGUGUGCAAAUGACUGUCGUCGAAAAAAUCGCAGUUUUAACAUAUGUGCUGUACCACUACGAAUCAUCACUGAAACAGAUUCAGCACUGUGGAUCAUUCCUGUUGCUUUAUUCCUUCUAGUUUUUGGCAUUGGUUGUUGUGCCGUUUAUUUACGCUUAAGGAAACCAAAGAAAGGUCCUGAAAAGCCACCAAACCUUCAUCCACAUCCUGAAGUGCCCGUUCCACCUGGCUCACGAUCCGUAUUGAUCUUCUACUCCCGGGAUCAUCCUUUAUACACAGACAUAGUGCUGAAACUUUCUGCCUUCCUACGGGCAAAAUGCGGGAUUGAGGUCGUGCUAGAUCUGCUCGACACUACUUGGGUGGGUACAAUCGGUCGGCUGCAGUGGAUCGAGCAACAAAAGCGUCGCAUCGAGCAAUCCUCCGGCAAGAUCUUGGUCCUGUGCUCCCGAGGGAUGCAGGCCAAGUGGGGCGCGAUCUGCGGCGAGCCUCGGAUCCUCUUACGGGAGGAUGCGCGAUCGCCGAUGGGAGACAUGCUGACCUUGGCGCUUCAACUGAUUACACCUGAUAUGCAAUAUCCCGCUUCCUACGGGAAGUAUUUGGUGGCGUAUUUCGACGACCUUUGCAAUGAAUGCGACGUGCCGUCUAUGUUUGACAUUGCGGUUAAGUACAAGCUCAUGAAGCAUUUCGAAGAGCUCUACUUCCAUAUUCUCGAUGUGGAGAAAUAUCAGCAAGGGAUAAUGCAUUGCAUUAAGGGCAUCAGCAAAGAUGACUACUUCAAAUGCCCGUCAGGAAAGGCCUUGAGGGAUGCCAUAGAGACCUUCCAGGCCUAUCAAAUGGAAAAUCCAGAUUGGUUUGAGAAGGAGCAGGUGAACAGCGAAGAGGAUGUAAGAGGAGAAUCCAGUCCGCUUCUCGACGACAUCCAAACUGGCGUGCAGCCGAUCUACGAGUUGAAACCUGUGUAUAAUGACGGUCUUCCGAUCUUCGUGAACGAGGUGGAAGUUCACCAGGAGACCCAUAGCGUUUGUGCCGUAAUUCCUCAUAUUUACGAGACCCCUGAGGAGUCCCCGGUCAGGAUCAUUAAUCCCGUCAUCCGUGCAGAACACAGCCAAGUGCUUUCCAAUUAUCCAGAAGUGGAACCUCCUCUUGAAGUACCUAUAGUUGGUAUGAUCCCCGUUGGUCCUGAAAGCUACCCGUAUCUCCUUGCUGAAGGUGUACAAGUGGAACCAGCAAAUUUACCUUCGGAGUCAGGAUGGAAUGAAAUGUAUCCGAUGGGGGAACAGUCGGAUAGCUUUCGGACCCCGAGCGCCGAAGUUCAGGACCAAUCGUCCUUUUCGCAGCCUUCCGAACAAGCUGUUCAGCAGCUGGUGGACUUAUUUAACACUUUAUGGACUCCUUGUGGAGUCACAGCACCUCCGCCAUCAAUGGAAGAUAGUUUCCAGCUUAACCAGGAGAUGGACCUAUCCCAGCCAGUGGAGGUGGAGGAAAAUGAAAUGGAUGGAGCAUCACAGACCAGACCAUCAGAAGGGUCCGAUCAGGGCUAUAGUUCCAGAUCUAUAGUGACGCCACAUUACUAUCUGAAAUGAUGACAUUGACACACAUGUGUGAUCAUUUUACUUUUACUGUGGAGUGAAACAAGUACCUUAUUAAACAAGUUGAUAUACAACAGCACAUCACAUCAUUUAAGCUUAUGUUUAGCUAUUUAACACAGGUCAAAGUGAUUGGGUUUGUUAGGAUCAAUCGUUUAAUCAGUGAUUUGUUGUAUUAUAUUGCACUGGAAAUGUUUUUAUUGUUCUUGCAGUUUAUCAGCUAUAACUAUCUACUGAUUUGUAUAUAAUUUUGACUGUAAAUAAAGUAGCACUCUUUGGUAAUAUUCUGUCAUGUGCUUUUUAAUGUAAUUAUUAUUAAAUCUCUGGCAAUUAUAACUGCGUCGCACUUAAUUUUAUCCAAUAAUAUAACCAGAACACAUCCAGACUACACUCUUAAAAAUAAAGUUGCUUCGCGAUGCCAUAGAAGAAGAAUAUUUGUCGUUAUAAAAUGAUAUGAAAGAAAUGGUUCUUCUGUGGCAGGGUUUCCCAAACUGGGGUUCGAGAACCUGUGGUGGUUCACAAGGGAAUUGCAGGUGUUCGUGAGUUGAUGAAAAACAAUUUACCAUUCAGACCGCCUGCAAAGUUGCAGAGCGACCUGAUCUCAUUCAUUUAAAUAGAAGCUUGGCAACACAAGCGAACCAUUGGCGACUGUUGGGUGUGUGCAGCAGCUCAACAAAGUUAAGAAAAUUUUAACUUUAUGCAAAUGAUGAGUGACAUUCGGGAGUGACUACCAAUGAGAGCAAAGCAGUGAAGUUCACGUCAUCCAUCUCUCAUCAGUUACCGCAAUGGACAGUAGAUGUCUUCUCGGGUCUUCUAAAGAAAUGUCCCGAAACCAAUGUGCAUAAAUCUUUUUUUUUAAGACAGACCUGACCCGAGACUAACCCAACAAAAUUAGACCCGAGUCCAACCCGACCAAUUGCCAAUUUUUUUAACCCGACUGGACCCGAAUGUAAACUGCCCUGACGUGUGUGCAGUCUGCAGCCCCACAUGCACCCUGGUGGCCUUGCAACCAGUUUGGCCCGCUGCUCCGUUUAUUUUCAUUCGAUGACACCAAGGUAACCGCUUACAGUGUGUAUUUAAAAUUGAUUGACAGGUCUGUCGCAAUGAAAAUAAACCUACCGCCAGCCACACAAUGUCGCAAGCUCUCUUGACAAGCAGAGGAGGGGUUGGAAAAGGACUCGAUGCACACACGAGAGAUAGUUUGGGUCUUCUCGGGUCCGUUCGGCAAAUACAAAUUCAUUUUAAAUCCGAGAAUGUUAUACGCGACCUAUGUCUGAGGCACACUUGAAACUUUUAGACCCGAACUCUCUGGGAUUGGAUCUAAGUGGACCUGUGAAGACCUCUAGUGGACGGUACUCAUUUGUUUCUGACCAAAUUCAGAAAUGGCUCCUAAUAACCUCAAUCAAAGAGACAAGGCGACACACAGUGAGAAAGUCGCUGGUGGUAUGAACGAGCGGUAAGCUGCGUGCACACGGCAAUGGCAGAGCAACGCAAUCUCAUUUCUUUCAAUGGGAGCCUAGUAAUUUUCAGCAACAUCGGCUAUUGGUGACAGGAGGUGGGCGUGUCCAACUAUGCGACAAAGUUGAGAACAGUUCAGCUGUAUGCAAAUGAAGAGUGACUUUCAGAAGCGACAACAAAUGAGAAUGAAGCAGUGGAAUUCACAUCAUCCGUAUAUUUCGUCAUUUACUGAGAGCUCGAUUACUCAUUUUUUGUUGUGGCUUGUGGUAAAUGACGAUAGACGGAUGAAG